GCUGUGGGGGCUGCCUCGGGCUGCGGCUGCGGCUGCGGCGGGAGCCCGCACGUGGCUCGGCUGGCGCUGCGCUUCCCGCUGGUGCUCACGCUUCUCUUGCGCCGGCCGCUGCUGACUCUGGAAGGGAGCCGACGGGGCCCAGGGCUGAAGGGAGGAACAUGAAGUUCCCUUGGAAGUCAUUCAGGAGGAAGGUGGAUGGGCCUGUUUAAGAGAGAGUGAAAACUGCAGGUCACGAGCCUGGGGCCUGAGCGCUGGCAGUGGAAAACCCUACUGAACUGUGAUCUCUCACUGAAAAGUUCUAAGUGCCUUUUUGCUUCCUGCAAAAGAAAGGAGAAGAGGGAGAAGACCAUGUCCAUAGCCCUGAAACAGGUGUUCAACAAGGACAAGACCUUUCGGCCCAAGAGGAAAUCUGAACCUGGCACACAGAGGUUUGAGCUGCACAAACGGGCUCAAGCUUCCCUCAACUCAGGCGUGGACCUGAAGGCUGCCGUACAGCUGCCCAGCGGGGAGGACCAGAAUGACUGGGUGGCAGUGCACGUGGUGGACUUCUUCAAUCGGAUCAACCUCAUCUAUGGCACCAUCUGUGAGUUCUGCACUGAGCGGACCUGCCCUGUGAUGUCAGGGGGCCCCAAGUACGAAUAUCGCUGGCAGGAUGACCUCAAGUAUAAGAAACCGACAGCACUGCCAGCUCCCCAGUACAUGAACCUUCUCAUGGAUUGGAUUGAAGUCCAGAUCAAUAAUGAGGAAAUAUUUCCAACAUGUGUGGGUGUGCCUUUCCCAAAGAACUUUCUUCAGAUCUGCAAGAAGAUCCUGUGCCGCCUUUUUCGGGUCUUCGUCCACGUGUACAUCCACCACUUCGACCGAGUCAUUGUGAUGGGUGCGGAGGCCCACGUCAACACCUGCUACAAACACUUUUAUUACUUUGUCACAGAGAUGAACCUCAUAGACCGAAAGGAGCUGGAGCCCUUGAAAGAGAUGACGAGCAGAAUGUGUCACUGACACUUCAUCUCAUCCUGCAGAAGAGAGAAAAACUUCCUGCAGUCCUGAGUGGACAGUGGGUGGACUUCCGGGCUGAAGUGGCCUCCCUACUUCCUCGGGCGACAGAGCUGGAGGCAAUCGGGGCUCCUGAGAGACCUUCCCCGCUCACGUCAUGUGCUCUUAUCCUCAGAGUGCUGCUAGCCUAGCCCUGCGGACCAAGCGGAUCACCCCUGCAGAAGGACCACCCCCGGCCCCCACCCUGGGCUUGCCUGGGAGGCGCCUCAGCCCUUCUGUGUGCAUCACAGUUCUGCCUGUGGCCUGCCCCCUGAGCUUUACUGAAAUCCAGGUUUUGAGACUAAGAUGCAUAUUUGUACCUUUCUAUUCCUCUGUCUUGUUAGCUGGCCAGCUUUUCUGUCAUUUGUUUUCUAAGUACAGAGUGAAUUUUGGAACUUUGGAUGCACAGCUAGCUUUUCUGUGACAAGCCUUUUUUUUCAGAUCAGGGAAGCCUCCUGCUCUGAUUCUGUGGUUUAAUAUUGCACAGGGCCAUGGCACUGUGAGAGGUCUGAAACCAGAUCUGGCAACACUGUAUGACUUCCCUAAGAAACUGUUUCAGUGGGGACCAUGACAUGGGCUGGCUUGUCUCUGCCUCAGUCGGUUAUCCCAUUCUAACUACAGGGAAGAGCCUGUUAGCAGCAAGCUAACAAAUUACCAGUUUGUCCAGAUCAGAAUGUAUUUUUUUCAUAAUAGCCAUCAUCCCUUGACUCUCCUGUCCAUGUUCCUUCCUAUUUUCCAGAAGAGAGCAGUAAAAGAAAGUUACAAAUGACUAAGCCCACUAUUAGGAGCUGUGAGCCAGACCAGUGCGGCGUUUGUUCUUUAUUAAUGGGCAGGAAGUAAUGGAUGUCUCUAAAUAAUAUUUCAGUGAUAAAACAAAAGUACAGUUAUUAUUUGGUUUGAGUAGAUUAAAUCCUCAGUCCCUGACUUAACUUCCCCUUCCGAUCACCCCUCGUCUGUCACAUUAUCUUGGGGUGCACAAUUAAUUUCUGCCCCUGUGAUUGUGCUGUGGAGGCAGCAGUGGAGCCAGAGCUGAUGGCCCUGUACCAUCCACUCCACUUCUUCUCUUCUAGUAGAUAGAAAAAAGCACUCUGCUCUAUAUUCUGACUUUUGAAACAUGAGUAUGGUUAAUGAAAUGCUGUGUUCUCUGAUUCAUUCAUGAAAUUUUCUUCCUGACUAGCCCAACCUGUGAUUAGGGGGGAAUAAUAUUUCCAAUGACACGUGAAUUUACCAAGGUAUCAGUUGGUGGAGAAAAGCAGAUAAGAAAUCAUUAGUGCAUUUUAGUGUAAUAAUAGUUAAAAGAUAACUAAACAACUCUGAUUUAGCUUUAUUUUACAUAACAGGUUCAAGGCAUUCGUGGCUGCCAUGGAAGCCUAGUAAUCAGGAAUCCUUCGUGCAAACUAAAAAUGAGUUCCUUUUUUGGACACAGUAGUGUGCUGUGUUGACCUAACCCUUCAGAUCAACCCUUCCUUUGCAUCUCCUACAAGUUGGCCCAUCAAAUCCAGACAUAGCUACCUCUCUCCAUGUGCUCUGAUCAACAGUAAACAUUUUCCCUCACAACUUUGAGAAGUCAAGAUAGGCAAAGAUUUAUUUUUCAGCAUCACUGCUGAAUAUCUGAUUGUCCUAAGGAGCCAGAGAAACAAGAGCCCCUCAUUUUUGACCUAUGCAAUGAUAUAAUACCACGUGGGAAGGCAAGAUGGUAGUAACAGAGAAAUGACAGUGUGGAGCUCAUCUUCACAGAGAUUCUCUGUAGUUUUGUACCCUGGAGAAACACAGAUUUUUGCAUUUAAAAAGUUAAAUAUACUUCUUGCAUUUCAGUGAUGCUUAACCAAGUGGGAGGUUAGACUCUGAAGACACUUGUCAUUAAUUUUUAAAGUCAUUUUCUAUUAAUGUUGUGUAUGAAAUUUCCAUGCAACUUAAAAAUUCAAAUAUAUUUAAACUUUAGAAUAAUUUCUUCUUGGUUAUAUUGGUAAAUGUACUAAUCAACUGGCCGAAUGUUCAAGUUCUUUAAUUACAUGUUGUUCCUAUUACAGCAGAGCUUUGUUUGGCAAAUUCUGUUGGAAAUCUUGGAGGUGAUUUCUAACUCUCUGGCCUCACUUCAUCUUCCGUGCAUCUCUUACUGCAAACGGAGAGCCUGAGCUCCUCGCUGGCAUCUCUGCUUCUUUUCCAUACCUUCACCCCUCCACACUUCCUUUUUCUGCUUUUUUUCAGAAAUUUCAAUAUUGAAAGAAUGCCCUUAAGCACACUGAUUAACAUUUUGCCCCAUUUUCUUUUAUACUAUAAAUACAUAUUCAUAUUGCAGACCCAUUUGCAAAGAAGCUGUAGUCAUCAAGAAAUUUUAAUAUACUUCAUUAUAUGCCUUCUUGUUAGUAAGAGCAUUGUCCAAUCCAUUUCCAAUGUCAUUAUUGACCUCUAAGAAACAGAGCAAAAAUAUGGCAUACUUGAUAUACAAUCCAUGGGCAAAAUUCCCCAGCUGUCUCAAAAAUAUUCCUUUCAGUCUGUUUCAUUUAAAUUUAGGAUCUAGUCAGGAAUCACACACUGAAUUAACUUGCCAUUGUCUUUAGUUUUCUUUAAUGGAUUGGCAGUUCCCUUUAGUGUGUGUGCUUAUGUAGUGAUGUAUGUUCAUGGAGGGCUUUGGUGUGCGUGUGCAUGUGUGUGUAUGAAGUGGUAUGUCUUUCAUGACUCUCACAUUAAAGAAUUCAGGCUGAUUAUUUUGUAGACUGUCCCACACUUGGGAAUUUUUGUGUGUUUUGUUUUUCUGAUGGUUUCUCAUUAUAUAUUUAGGCUAAACUUCUUUGGCAACAGUAUGACAUUUGUUUCCUUCCUGUCAUAUCAGAAAAUACACCAUAUCUAACUCUCACUUUGUGAUAUUAAGAUUGAUCAGUGUGCUCAGGUGUCCUCUCCCUGAUCCAAUCAUUAUCUGUAAUUUAUUGUUAAGCUCUGAAAAUCUGUACAUACAUUUUAGAUACUGUAUAUGUAUGAAUCCACUUCUUAGUAUUAUCAGAAGCCCAUGAUGAAGAUUAGACCUGUUGUAGCAGUGACCCAAGUCUUGCCUUCCCAUUAAUGAAAGAAAAGGUUUGCAGGGAGUCUCCUGGAGGAUGAGGACUUACGUGGCCAAAUAGUACUGAUUCUCCCACAGUGACUUCCCCCUCAGAUCCAUGGUUGAAUGACAGAGAAAGUGUGUUCUUGUUGAAGUCGUUCUUAUUAAGGGAAAUCUUACGCCCAAUAAUGGAUUGCAGUCCUCCAAGGACCACAUCACUUAAUUAUAUAUGAAGCAUUUAUGUGACAUU